CAAAAAGGGUGAGAGGAACUAAAGUGCUGGAGAUUGAAGAGUUUGUUUAAUUGUGCUCAGCCAUCUUCUUGCACAGACUAAUAACUUGAACUGAGGUGCACUGACUGAUUCUGCAGAGAGCCGUCCAGCUUGUUGAUCAAAGACAAAUCCCCAGGAGAGCACUGAGGUGAAACAAAGUGAGAGCAGUUAUGAUCGUUCACAUGAGAUGGAGUCUCUUUAUUUUAUGGUUUUUACAUCAUGGAGACUUCUCCUGGGCAGAGAGGUUCACUGUUGUUGGUCCUUCUCCUUCCAUUGUUUCUUACGUUGGUGAAGAUGUCAUCCUGCUCGCCUCCCUGUCACCGGCAUUGGAUGCUGAGGGCUUUGAGGUCAGGUGGUUCACAACUAAUAUCUUUUCUCCAGUGCUUUUAUAUGCGGAUUACAGAAUCAUAAAUCUCAUCGACUCAAGAAGAGCUCUUUUUCAAGAGAAGCUGAAGAGCGGCAACGUAUCUCUUAUUGUGCAGAGUGUCCGUGUGUCUGAUGAAGGCGUCUACACGUGUCUUGUGGCCUCUGGACCGUUGGAGGAAGACGUGAAGAUUACACUGAAUGUUGAAGUCCUCGUUCAAAAACUUGUAAUCUGCUUGGCUUUGGGUCUGGUGGAGCAGCUGUUCGGAGCAGAAAACAACAGGGAGUUGCAGAACUGCUGCAAGGACUGA